UAAAAAUUGAAAACAAAAGUUUAGUAACAAUCAUGUGAUGUUUUAGUUCGAUUUCUUUGGACAAACGUUGUUUUAGUGUUAUAUGUUUAUGAUAAGAUCAACUAUGAACAUUUGAAGGAUACAGGAGACAUAACAUUGUUACAAUGGAUGGGGAAAGAAGACCAUUACUCAACGGUCCAAACUCCGAAAAUUCUGGCCCACACAGACCCAGAAUAACCAAAACAAAACUUGCAUGUGGGGCUAUUUUACUCACUGAAACAUUUGAGAGAAUUGCAUUCUAUGGCAUAGUUGGUAACCUUGUGCUAUUUCUAAACAAGGACCCUUACUUAUGGAUGCCUUACAAUGCAGUCAAUGCGCUGGCGAUGUUUACUGGAAUAUCGUACAUGACUUCAAUAUUUGGUGGAUGGAUAGCUGACUCAACAUUAGGGAAAUUCAAAACAUUAUGUAUCGCUUUUUUAAUAUACGCUGGUGGAUAUGUUUUCUUUCCCUGGCUAUACCCAUAUCCAAAUGUUAAUAAUGAUCAAACAGUAAUAGUGCCAGGCUGGUGCGGCUACAAUGCAUCUUACACAAAACAAAAAGAUAUACUAAAACCCACUUCUGAAAUAAAUCCAGCAGUCACCAUAAGUAUUAACUCUAGAAUUGGUGGGAGCAGUGGUUGGUGCAACGAUGACCCCACAUUACAAACUUCACAGGAUUGGCGACCACUGUCAGAUGAACCCUGCGCGUGGGGUGUAUAUCUUGCCCUGUGCCUUAUAGGAUUAGGAAAUGCCGCUGUUAAAGCCAAUAUCGCACCAUUUGGAGCUGAUCAGGUACGUUACGAGGGUCCAGAAACCACAAGGCGAUUCUUCAACUGGUUUUACUGGUGCAUCAACAUCGGGGCAUUUACCUCGCUAGGUGUUAUUUCAUACAUACAACAACAAUGGAGCUUCUUUUAUGGCUACCUUAUACCUGGCUUAUGUCUCGCCAUUGGUAUCAUCAUAUUCAUUUUAGGUAGAUGUUGUUACAAAGUGAAGCCCCCCUCAGGCAGCAUUAUAACAAACAUAUUCUGUAUAAUGAAGGAGAGCUGCUCAAGGAGAAAGUUCAGACAUCCCUCACCAGAUGGCAGUAAGGGUAACAUUGUUGAAGAUAGUGCCAACAUCACACACAGGGAAAGUAUAGGUCCUUCCAUUCCAAUGCCAUCAUGUUUAGACAUGGCCAAGGUGAGGUAUGGAGGCAGUUACCACGAGUCUAUAGUUGAUGAUGUCAAGUCUCUUGGAAAAGUCCUUGUAGUGUUUGUUCUACUUGUACCGUACUGGCUUGUCUACUUUCAGAUGGAGUCAACAUUCCUGAUGCAAGGCCUUCAUAUGAAACUCAGUCCAUUCUUCCAUCCAAACUCCACUGAUCUGCAUAGACAUGAAAAUGAGUUCAAAAUCCCUGCGGCUUGGCUCUCUCUCAUGGACGUCACAUUUGUUCUUAUUUUCAUCCCAAUAUUUGAUAGACUCAUCUACCCAAAGUUGGACAAACACGGCUACACAAUCUCAAUGAGAUCUCGCAUCGCUUUAGGUAUGUUAUUAGCCACAGCAGCAGUAUUGUUAGCAGGAGGACUAGAGACAUAUAGACUGGGCAUUUACAACCAAAAUGAUGGAAGAAAUUAUUUUAACCAGUCCAUUGGUAACACAUAUUAUCGUGCAGUGGAUGUAAGUGUCCUUUGGCAGAUUCCUCAGUACGCUCUUAUAGGUCUGAGUGAAGUGUUUGCUGCAGUUGCAGGUUUGGAGUUUGCCUAUUCCCAUGCCCCAAAGUCCAUGCAAGGUGUAAUUAUGGGUAUUUUCUGGUUCUUCAAUGGAGUUGGGAGCCUCCUCGGUACAGCAACAGUCUACGCUUUCAAAAACAUUUUCUUUUGCAACUGGGACCAGGGUGAUAUUAAUGGCAGCCAUCUUGACUAUUAUUUUUACUUUCUGGGUGGUCUGCAAUUCCUAGGAGUACUUGUGUUUUCCGUGAUUUCAUAUAAGUUUGACAUUGGUGUCGUUGAUAAACGGCAAAGACAGAGAGCCAGUUUACAGCAUAUCAAUGGACAGAAUGGACACAGUAGAACUGGGUCGUUGUCUCAAAGUGUACAAUCAUCAAAUAGUCGGAAUAAUAAUGUCCGCAGUAGCCCUGCAAGAUCUAACAGUACCAUUGGAUAUCCUACAAAUAUUGCAGAUAAAUACAAAAGCAGCUCAACUUGAUUAAAUCAUAUAUAAUAGGGAGUUUAAGCUUGCAU